CUAAUGACACACUAAUGCAAGUUUACGCAUCUCUAGAGCAGUGCUUUCAUAGGCGCGCACCAUAACGCACAACAGGCUCCCUUGCUCUUUGUCAAUACAGGACCUAAACUCAUUCACCUAACCUACCUACCGCGCUACCACCAGCAAUAGGCUACACAAAGACAUUUUAUAUUCUCUGGGAGCUUUUAAUUCCUCCACACUCGUCUGUGACUGAGAAAUGAAUCACAAAGCCCGUUUACUAUGGAUUUUCCUCCAGUGUGCUGCUGUGCUCUUCUCCUCUGCUCUUGGGGAAAACGCUGUUCUUAAAGGUGAAGACAGUGGAUUGGAUGAAUUGUCUACAGACAGCAAGGUUCUCAAUGGCAUCAUCAAGUACAACUUGAGAAAGAGCUUAGAUCUGGACCAGGAGGGCUGCUACCUGCAGGCUGGAAAGACAGAGGGACUAGAGGAGUGUGGCUUCAAUGCUACAGCCAAGACCAUCUUCAUCAUCCAUGGCUGGACGAUGAGCGGGAUGUUCGAAAACUGGAUGCACAAGCUGGUCUCUGCAGUGAUACAGCGUGAAAGUGAGGCCAACGUUGUGGUUGUUGAUUGGCUCUUGCUGGCUCAGCAAUUGUACCCCGAUGCGGUCAAUCACACCCGCACCGUCGGCCUCGAUAUUGCCACCAUGCUAAACUGGCUUCAGGAUGAGCACCAUCUGCCUCUAGAAAAUGUGCACCUGAUUGGCUACAGUUUAGGUGCUCAUGUAGCUGGCUAUGCAGGAACGUAUGUAGAAGGGACCAUUGGCAGAAUUACUGGUCUAGACCCAGCAGGACCAAUGUUUGAGGGUGUAGAGAAAGAGAGGCGCCUCUCCCCAGAUGAUGCUGACUUUGUGGACGUUCUGCACACAUACACCAGAGAGGCUCUGGGUGUGAGCAUUGGGAUCCAACAGCCUAUUGGGGACAUUGAUAUCUACCCCAAUGGUGGCGAUGUGCAGCCUGGCUGUGCGCUGGGUGACGUGCUGGCAGUAGCUGGAAAUUUCAUGGAGGUGAUGAAGUGUGAGCAUGAGCGUGCUGUGCACUUGUUUGUGGACUCCUUGAUGAACAAGCAGCACAUGAGCUUUGCCUUCCAGUGCACAGGCCCCGAUCGCUUCAAGAAGGGCAUCUGCCUCAGCUGCCGCAAAAAUCGUUGCAACAACAUUGGCUACAACGCUAGAAAGAUGCGCAAGAGGCGCAACAGUAAAAUGUACCUGAAGACACGUGCUGACACUCCCUUUGGAGGCUACCACUACCAGAUGAAGAUGCACGUGUUCAACAGGAAACAGUCAGACAAUGCAGAUCCCACCUUCCAUGUCAAGUUGUAUGGCGCCCAUAAUGAUACAACAAACAUGUUUGUCGAUGUCCAUGAGGACACUAUUGGUCUGAACCUGACCAACACCUUCUUGGUUUUUACUGAGGAGGAUAUUGGUGACCUGCUGAAGAUCCGUCUGAGCUGGGAGGGAGAAUCUGAAUCCUGGAACUCCGUCUGGAAGAACAUCAAGAAGACAUUCUGGGCCUGGAACACCAAGCCUCCCAAACCUGUGCUGGAAGUUCGGCGGAUUCGUGUGAAAGCUGGAGAAACACAGAAGAAGUUUACUUUCUGCGCCCAAGACCCCUCGAAAACUGAAAUUUCACCAGGAGAAUCCAUAACUUUUGUCAAAUGUCGUGAUGGUUGGGAAGUGAAACCAAGAAAACGGCUGCCCAUGUAACAACUCGACACUUCCAGCAACCAAUGCACCGUCACCAUGGGGGACCCUACAUCAGUGAGAAGCACUGCUUUCCCUUUAUUUGAGCACUUUUCAUAAGAGGAGGAUUUAUCAGUGCACGGUGGGCAGGAGCUAUCAGGCUCCAGAGGAUUUCCAGUGGUUUCUGGUAGCAAGGACCCUGGAAUCUGUCCAGCAUACAAGACAGCUGGAAAGCGGCUUGCAGGCUGGAAGUGAAGGCAGUCCUAUAUGUGUUGAUUGCCUGAGAAGUUGCAGAACGUUCCUUUUGUGUGGACUAGUGAAGUAGAAUACAGAUAUGUGCCAGUGGACAUAAACCAGCAAUUGUUGUCUCUGUACUGUAAAUUUUUAAAUAUAUUUUUUUUUAUUUAUGAAGAAAUGGAAGCACUGCAAGACCAACAUUAUUUAUAAGAACACAUCCCAUAAUGAAGCUGUUGAAUGCAUUUCUCCUAGAUGCAGUGUGUGUUUGUGUUUCUGUGUGUGUGGGUGAUUGUUCGUGUCUGUUGACCCCAAGAAAUGUGCCUUUCUGCUGAGAGAUUACUGAUACACUGUAUAACUGAAGGAGAUACCUGAUCUCAUUGCGCACAAUCUUUCCAAGGCUUUCUGCAUAGUGUUACUGUUACUGUGUGGCUCAUUUUGUGGGUGUGUUUAUGUAUAUAAUGUAAAUAACUUUUUGGAAAAAAUUAAAUUCACCUGUUAUUUGUA